UUCGCGGUACGAGAAAGUUAGUAUUGAAGAGCUUUGUUUGGCCAUCUGUAAAUCGUGAUGUAGGACAUUUCGUUAGAUCAUGUAUUGAAUGUCAACGAUCAAAAAUUCAACGACACACAAUAUCGCCAUUAAAAGAAUUCAAUCUUCCGAACAGUCGCUUCAAACAUGUACAUAUCGAUCUGGUCGGCCCAUUGCCAACAUCUGGCGGAAACAAAUACUUGUUAACGAUGAUCGACCGGUACAGCCGAUGGCCAGAAGCUGUACCAUUACCGGAUAUGCUCGCCGAAACAGUAGCAAAGGCAUUUUGCAAUGUGUGGGUAUCUCGAUUUGGUGUACCAGAGAUUAUAUCCACCGACCAAGGGCGACAGUUCGAAUCGGAGCUGUUUUUGGAAAUGACUCGAGUUUUUGGAACACAUCGCGUACGAACUACUGCUUACCACCCCCAAGCCAACGGAUUGGUAGAAAGAUUCCAUCGGACCCUUAAGGCAGCCAUCAUGUGUGUGGACGCUAAACACUGGUGUGAUAAAUUGCCAUUAAUUUUACUGGGUCUGCGAUCAGCCGUAAGAGAGGAUAUCAACUGUUCAGUCGCAGAGAUGAUUUACGGACAGCCAAUUCGAAUACCGGGAGAAUUCUACGACACCGCUUCCAAGGACAUAGAUCGCACCGAGUUUGUUAAAACGUUGCGGCAGUUGAUUCAACAAGUUGGACCGAUCGGAAAUAGAAACCAUGCUAAACAACACGUGUUCAUACCCAAUGAUUUGAAAACCUGUAAGCAUGUUUUUGUACGAGUCGAUACCGUCAGGCGCGCAUUGCAGCACCCAUAUGAUGGUCCAUUCGAAGUCAUCGAGCGGAAUGAUAAAUCCGUGCUAGUUUUCAUAAAAGGAAAGAAACAGAGGAUCUCGUUGGAUCGUGUCAAGCCUGCAUACAUCUACAACUCGGAAAUGGAGAACGAUUAUGACGAUAACAGGAAAAUUAAAGUUACUCCAGCAGGUCACAGAGUACGAUUCAUGGUGUAA